AUGGCCCAUCUUAAAAGAGUUACACCAAUUGAUUGGAGAAUGGUUGCAACUAGAGUUAUCAGCCAAGGAUACCUAGAUAGCUUAGAUGAAGAGAGUGAAGCUAGAGCAUCAAAAGCUAACAAGAAUGCUCAACCCACUACCCAUUCCAGAGUAGAAAUGGGAAAAUGUGGCAUGGAUUUUGUUAUGGGAUUACUAGUCGCUUCCAACAAAUAUGACUCGAUAUGGAUUAUAGUGGAGAAGUUGACCAAGAUGGCUUACUUCAUUCCUGUUAGAGCUAACUACUUUGUGAAUAAGUUGGUUCAGGUGUACGUGGUAGAGAUGAUAAAGUUACAUAGAGCUCUAGUAGCAAUAGUCUCUGAUAGAGGACCAAAGUUCACAUCAAGGUUUUGGUGCCGUCUUCAAAAUGAAUUAAGCGCCAGGUUAGACUUCAGCAUGGCCUUUCAUCCUUAA